CCCCCCCCACUACUUCGUCUAUUGCGCAGAUACCGAAUACGAAUUGUAGAAGGUGACAAAGGGAUAUCGCUUGAUGCUGGAGUAUUCGAUUUGCUUACCACCAACGCUGCUUACUUGAAACAAGAUCAUUCCAAGCGGUCAAGAGAUGAACUCACCGGUGUUAUUAACGAACUGGGACCUGAAGAAGGAUCCUUCGCUUUUCUACUCACGUAUAAAUACACCAAGCAUGCGAUCGAGGGAUCUGGUAACCGAGUAUUACAAGGCAUAGAUCUCGCCAGAAUUGACGUUCUAGAGAAGGCGAAUAACGCGGCUCCAGCUGAUAUAACAAGUGCUGCUUUUCAUUGUAAAGUUAAAGCAGCUUGGUCGAGUAUCAUAACACUGUCAAUGGCUGGGAUGAAUGGGCACGCGAAGAAUGGAUGACUUGGUUCACAACCGCCGGAGAAAGACUUGGGAAAAGCAGGUUGGAUGAUUGGAAACUCCACUUCUUAAAUCCUGGACACAAAACGUUUUAUGAUCUAUGGAGGCCUUGUGCGAGGAAUGAUGGGGGACACGUUUGCGGAGCACGCGCGCCCGAGUCUUGUUACGAAACACUCCAGUUUUGCCACCUCUGGCCUCGUUGCCUGGCUUUCGACCCUUGGUGUGAAAAAUGAUCUAGAGUAUAUCGACAUGGAGGCUGCUGCGAUGAUACUGAGGACGCAAAAGCCUGUGAGUGUUGUUGCGCUCACCACAUUUAUGGGAGACGUGGAUUCACCGUGGGCAACGCCAUCAGCCAGAUUCUGUGGAGUUUUAUUCGAGUUGCUGGUGGAAAAUGGCGACCCUGUUCCCGUAAUCCUUUUUCUUCAAUCGAUUCUUCGCCCGCUUAGAGGAGUGUGUAGUGGUCUCCUCAGUGACAACAGUGUUGCCCGUGUUUGAUUGGGAUAGAAUCGGUCAAGCAUUACUCGACUCAAUGAAAGGAGAUAAAAAUGCGCUGGAGCAGAUGGUAGGAGUGCUGGAUGUCCUGAAUACUCGGAAAACCCACGCAGCGCUAACGAAAUUUGCGUUUGAAGCGACGACGACAAGCGAUACAACGCAACUAUGUCGCUCUCAGUAUUGGGGGUUACUCUGGAAAUGCGCAUUCGCAGUAAUGGUAGUGCCCUCUUUGGUACAAGUUCAGUAAACUCAUGCUGAUGGACCGGGCACUCGAGAAAUGCGCAAUGCACUUAGGCAAACUUGAUUUGCAGGGCGAACAGUUUACUAUGGUGUCAGCCAUCGCUGAAAUUCGCGUCAUGUGGCUGAACGAAACAAUUGAGGCGCUGGAUAAGCCAUUUUCAUUGAUGAUGCCUGACGCAGAAUUCUCGAACAAUCGGAAAGUUAAAGCGUUUUGAGAAGCGCUGAAGCUUCUAUGACUGCGAAUGUGCUGUUGCAAUUUAAAGACAUUCAACAAGCACCAUGCUAUGCCGCCAGCUGGAUGCGUGAGAAACAAAUGAACGCUUUGUUUGAGAUGGAAGCUAUAGAGGAAGCGUGUUCGUGAAAAGUUCGAAAACGCGGGAUUGGUUCUAGAGUAUACAGACGAAACUGGUGAAGUAUCAGGCAGAGUUGCAUCGAUUGAUGAACAAUUAGGAUGUUGCUGUAGACGGUAACGAAAAGAAACGAGCGCGUUUGGAGAUGCGAAGCGAAGCUAGCCAGAAGGAUGCAUGGUCGAUAAACGGACACCAUGUUUGUGAUGGAAAUGUUUCGGUGUGCUGUAGGCACUACAUAGUAGUGCGGUAGUUGUUACUGAAUGAUUUUUGUUCGUGGUUCCUUAUUGAAGAUCGUUAACUUUUUUUUUUUUACAUUUUUACUAUUAAUGCAGCGCG